AGCGACGGUCAGCUGAUUCUUGGUGCGCGAGGAAAGUGUUGUCGUUUCUCUAAAGUCGGCGGACGAUGAAGAGCGCGGUAGUUUUCGUUACACUUGCGGUUUUAGCAGGUGUUUUUGGAGACCAGCUGACGGUGCUGCGUAGCCCUCAGUAUGUGAACUUCAGGUCAGGACAAUGGCCGCUAGCGGGAGAGAAGAUCCCGGACCUGGUGGCUCUCACCAUGGGCUUCUCCGUCCGUGAGGAUCUCGAAUGGCCAGGCUUAGCGGCAGGUUCCCUGUUCCAGCGUCCUCGUGCCAACGCCCUGAUUGCUGUCCGUGGCAUUGAUGGUUUAGAUCUUCCCUCAAACAUCUCUUCUUAUCCUCUGGAAAAUACGGUGCCGUUUACCCUGGACAGCGUUGCAAACUCCAUCCACACUCUGUUUGCUGAGAGCACACCUGUGGUUCUGCAGCUCGCCCCCAGCGAGGAGAGGCUGUACAUGAUGGGCAUGGCCAACACAGUAUUCGAGGAUUUGCCCGUCACUCUACAGCAGAUCCGCGCUCGUCUCUCGCAGGAGGGAUCGGUCCUGCCUUCACUCCCACUCAACUCGCUGAGCCGGAACAAUGAGGCUGAUCUGCUCUUCCUGUCUGAGAUUCAAGUGUUGCAUGAUAUUUCUGCUCUGCUGAUGAGACACAAGCACUUGGCUAAGGACCAGGCUCCUGAUCUGUUCUCUCUGGAGCUGGCUGGGAUGGAGGAGCUCACCCGGCGCUACGGCCCGGACUCCCCUCAGUUCCAGGACGCCCGGCAGAUUCUGGUAGCUGCGCUGCAGAAGUUUGCUGAUGACGUCUUCGGCGUUUAUGGCAGCAACGCGGUGGUGGAGGUGGUGACGGUGAAGACGUUUGAGACUCCGCUAACCAGGAAGUCGCGCUCCAUCCUGGAGGCUAAGCAGAUUAGUAACCCAGGAAGCCCCUACAAUCUGGCCUACAAGUACAACUUUGAAUACGCUGUCGUGUUCAACAUCGUGCUGUGGCUCAUGAUCGCGUUGGCUCUCGCCGUCAUCGUCAUCUCGUACAACUUGUGGAACAUGGACCCGGGCUACGACAGCAUCAUCUACAGGAUGACCAAUCAGAAGAUCCGCAUGGACUAAUCACGCAUUACAUUCCGUCACAGUGUUGUGUGUAGACAGGUUUCUCACUUCCAUUCCUCCCAUGCGUAUGUGUAUAUAUCGCUCUGAAAUUUCAGUUUGUGAAUAAGUAGGAUGAAGAAUAUUUAUUGACCCCUGCUGUUUUGCUGAAAAAUCUAAAUGAGAACGGGACGCAUGUAUUUCGCCUUUGUUAAUAGCACGCUGGGUGUGGUUUCGUUGAGUAAGUGCACUGCUGUGGAAUUGUGUGAAGUCGCUAGUGUCGCAAUGGUGUUCUGUGUCGUGUUCCUGCUCGAGUGAUAUGUUGAAUCAUCUGUAUUUUUGUUUUUAUUCCUGAUACACUGGACUACAUAAUAUGAUGGCGAUUGUAGAGAGGUGGGGUGAUAAACUAAAAUUGCAUGUGGUAAAAUUUCACCCAGGUGUGAUGUUAAAACAUGGAGAUCACCGACAUGAUUUUAUUUGGAAAUAAAAAUAUACAUGCAAAAUCAGACAA